GUCUUGUUCGUCUCGUCUUGCUUGCUCGUCUUGUUCGUCUCGUCUUGCCUGCUGGUCUUGCUCGUCUCGUCCUUGUCUUGCCGCACAUCCGCCCUCCUCCGUUUCGCCCCGUCGUCGCUCGGCCCGCCUGCCCGCCCUCCUCCGUCGUCCGCUUGCAUCCAACUGCCGCCUCUGGUCGUCCGCCAGUCCGCCGUCGUGCUCCACAGUCCUCGCCAGCAUGUCCCGCCGCAAGAUCCCCUCCGAUUACGUCCCUCCCGUCUACAUCGACACCGACCUCAACCAUUCCAGCUCGGAUCUCCAUGAAUCGCUCAUGACCCCGACUACGUCGGUCUCCUAUCCCAACUCGACCGUCGACAACAUGUCUUCGGCAUCGUCGGACGACAACUCGGACUCGGAUGACUCGUCGAUGCGGCCCCGCAUCGUCAACGGAGGAUUCAAGUCUCUGACAGCCGACCGAGUUCGCCAAGCCCGUGCCCGGGUCGCUCAGAUGAAGCAGUCCUUCCAGGCCUGGACUCCUCCUGCCCCCAAGCCUGGAGACGAGGCUCCUGCGCCGCCAAGCGCCGACACCAUCCGAAAACGCACCGAGCAGAUGGCCGUCCUGAGCACCAUCACGACUUCGUCGGGCUGGGAUUUCAAGCUGCGUGAGCUUGUGAUGAGAGAGGCCCGGGAAGGCAAUCCCGAAGACGAUGCUCGAAUGGCCACCGUCGGUCGCUCGAGCAAUAAUCCCCGACCCCAGCCUGCGGUGCCGUCACCCGUUCCCCAGCCCCGAGGCCGACCUGUUUCGGCCAUGCCCUCCAGCCGAGGCAGCAGCCCUCGGUCUUUCCAGCGAUCGCCCAGCCCUUCGAUCUCGUCGCUGUCGAGCUUCAAGAGCGACUUGGCGGCGCCAACCGUCCCAGCCGUGGCCGCUCGCCAUCGCACCAUCAACUACGGGACCAUCAUCCGCGGCUACGACGAGCGGCUGCAGGAGAUUGUCAUGGAGGUCUCCAAGAACGAGCAUCCGAUUGCGCCUUUGAACAUGUCCAGGACAAAGUCGGCUUCGGCAACAUCGCUGCGGCGCAAGUCGACGGCGACGUCGCUCCCCCCGACUCCAUCCGAAGAACCCGCCAGCGCAAGCCCAACUCCCGAUCGAUCUCGGCCAACAGUGCGCCGCCGUGUCUCAGCCGUCAUCCCCGGCACGAUGGUGCCGAUGCCGCCGUCUCAGCCCCAGCCGGCCGAGCCCGAGCUGCCUUCAGGUCCGACACCGUCGCAGCGCCGUCGAGCUGCCAGUUUCCACAGCAGCAUGGGCAUCAUGGCCCUGGCAGGCGACGGCUCUGUCCCUCCCGUGCCGGCUGUUCCCGAGAAGCAUCGUCGCAAGCCCGUGGUGUCCUACAUCACUGCCCGUUCGACGUCGAGCUCGCCUGUCCCGAACGAUCUCGAGGCCCGGGUUGAGCUGGGUGUCGCCAUGCCCGCAGGCAAGCGGUAGACCGAGACCAUUCCUGUCGAACAGGCUGGUCGUGGCCACACAUCGGCAAGCCAAGCAUCUGGCCCCUUAAGCGGCAAGCGACUUCGCUGGUCAGAUGAUGCAAACCGCAUUUCAUCGACCCAUACAACAAACCGUUGACAGGGAGCCCUUGCUCUGUUCCAGCUUACCGCGCUCGUAUCGUUCUUUGGGACAGUAGGCCAGAGCCGU